AUGGAGGAAAAGCUAGACAAGGUGCUAGCGAACCCUGAUUGGUGUGAUACUUUUCCCUAUGCAGCUGUGACUAACAUCUUGACCCGGACUUCGGACCAUUCUACUCUCUACCUGCGGGUUAGGGAUGGUCGGGCAAGGCCUCGUGGGCCUCGUAGGAGGUUCAGAUUUGAGAUGGCAUGGUUGUACGAUGAUGGGUGUAGACGACAGGUGGAAGGUGCGUGGGAGGAGGGUAAGGAGGGCGGAUUACUUAGAUGUUUGGAACACUGUGGGCACAAGCUGCUUCGCUGGGGAGGUGACCGCUAUCAUAAGUUUGGUGAGCAGAUAAAGAAUUUACGAAGGGAGCAGUUGCUCCUGCGGGGGGCCUUGGACUCCACUUCCCUAGUUGAGUUUCAACGCAUCGAGGCUGAGCUGUGCCGUCUGGAGGCCUAG